GCUGGUUUUCAACCAGCGUAUCGGCGUGUCUGCUACACUUUUUGCAGUUGAUGUUUGAUGGGCUUUUCUUUGUGAUGGGUGGGAUUGAGUGAUCAUUUUUUCUUCUGGAGCGAUAGUAGCUAAAGAAACUAAGAAACCAACACAACCACGACCAUGAUGUAUGCACUUGUCUUGACUGUUCUUGCCUUUUCUUCGGCUGGAGCGUUUGUUGUUCGACAGCCGAAUGUUAGGUCUUCCAAGCUUUUCCUCGAAGAUUGGGUGGCCAACAUGAUUGACGAGGAGCUCCACCGAUUGAGCCACCAUGAUGAGUUCGAGCAGAAAUGGAUGGAGAAGAAUCGCAAUCAUGUGCUCCACCAUGUUCCACAAGAAGUGCUUGGCCAAGAAGAUCAGAUGGAUAGGUUUCGUCAGGUGGCCAAAGACAAGAGGCUGGCUAAGGACGAUCCUCAAAAGUACUGUGCCGAUCGAUGCGUUGCCACUGGUAACUGUGAUGUCUAUGAGGAUAUCUUUGAGCUUGGCCCGGAAGAAGUCUUGGCCUUCUGCAAUGACUGUGUCUUGAGUGAGGAAAAAGAGGAAUGUGAUAUCCCAACGGCUUUUUAUGAGUUUGGGGACGAGGAAGAUCUGAAUGCCUUUCUGACUCCUUAACGACCUUUACUUCCUCUACCAGUACCAGGUACUGCACUCUUCACUCAUUGCACACAUCGCACUCAAGGAUAAUUUGGCUGUGGCUGAAGCAUAACAUUAUAAGAGAAAAAACACAGGGCUACAAUCAAUAUUAUCUGCGGCCAUCAAGGGCAGUAGCCGAAAGCAUUCCGUUCAAGAAUGCUAGCCAAUCCCACCAUCAAUAACCAUAACAUACUAAAGACAAACAAUCACAAAAAAGAGUUUGUUUAUAGCUCACUACAGCCCUAUCUUAUUAU